UUAAGUCAAACUACUGAUGUGUUGGUGGAUGAAUUUAUCGAGCUUCUUUUGUUGAACUAUUGUUUUAUGUUCUCUUUAUGGAUGUAGGUGGAGCUAUGUUUUUGAGUUUAUUAGUUCUGAAUUCUAAAAAAGAGCAUUUUAUUGGGUUCUUGAUAAAUUAUUUAUGCGUGUUUAGGUGAAUUUUUAAACACCAAUACGAGGUUUGAGCUAAAACUAGCUGUAGCUCUGCUACUGAGAAGUUUUAAGAGUCCAUAAAAAUUGAGCAAUAUAAAUCCCAGCAGUGACUAAAACUUUAGGUGAUUUCUUUCCAUCUUGCCUUGGUGGACAGAGUUACCUAGGUAUACCUGUUCCUGAUGGAAGGGGGUAGGUAUCCGUGCGCACAACUGGUCCCGACACCACGGUCACCAGGAAAAUAAAAAUUGGGAAAUGUGACCACAUUGAGGGAGAUUAACCCUAUUUACUGAUGUAUAGAAGAUUCCUGGAAACUUGAUUGUUGAGGGAUAGGCAUGGCAUUGGGUAUAUGGAAGGGUGAUUUGGAAUUCUUGGUGAUUUGGGUUAAGUUUCGAAAUAGCAUUCCCAUAAGUAGAGGAUGAAACCUUGCUUGUUUAUCCCGACGAGGGUUUAUGAAUCACUCAAAUGAGCCUUUCUAGCCGCAUUUGAAUCGGCAUCCCUAUCCAUAUGUUUAUGCGCAGGGGCAUUCUGUAGAAUCUAUUGGGGAAUCCCCAUCCGCACCCGAAUUGGCUAAAUCUAGUAUGGUGGGUCUUGUUCCAAAAUAUGCCUAGCUAUCUUUUUGAUGAAUUGGGUGAGUUAUACUUUGGCCCUUCUGAUGAGAAAUUCCAGGGGUGUGAGCUCCCAAAUUAUUACUCCCUCCGUUUCAAUUUGUUUGUCUUACUUUUCUUUUCAUUCCAUUUCAAAAAGAAUGUCUUUUCCUUUUUUGACAACUCUUAAUUGUAACUUUCCAAAUGACAUGUUUAACACCACAAGAUUAAAGGACAUUUUGCUGCAUUUACGUAUCUUUAGUUUAAGUCAAACCAAAUAGACAAUCGAAAUGAAGGGAUUAGUACUUUAUAUGAGGUUCGUAAAGUCGAGCUAUGUUAAAAAUUUGUAAAUGAACACUACCACAAUUCCUGUCAAGAACUUAGACGGACAUGCACUUGGUAAAAUAUUUAAGCAUAGAAGAAUUUUUCCACGAAUUGGUAAUAUUUUCCUAUUUGUAUUACGAUGUCGUCAUUUUGGCAGUUAUCACUUUUUGUUUUAGUUUCAUGUAUCUGAACUUCUGAGCCAACUUUUGUUGUCUCAUUGUUUCUCCUUUCCUCUCCUUCUGUCCUUUUUAUUUUCUUUGGUUUUGUCUUGAAAGUCAAAACCAUUAUGAAUCAUUUCCGGACUGUUCACUUGAGUCUACUUGAGUUUUACUCGAAAUGUUCAUAUUUGCUUCGGUUUUUACUUAGUUUAUGGUUUGGUUUUCUAUUCUACUUCUCGUGCAAAGAGGUAAGACAAUUCAGAGCAUAGCUUUUUGUGUUAGAUGCCAAACAAUGCUCUGACACACUGUUAAGUCCCACAUAUGUGGUGGGAGGCAAAUAUGUAUCCAUAUAUGAUCUUUGGCAAUCCUCACCUCUUGAGCUAGUUUUUGGAGUUGGGUUAGGUCCAAGGUCCAUUUUUUAACGACAAGAAUUUGUAAGAGCAGUGGGUCAUUGCCUUUCCGGAAUAGCAAUGUUGUUUAUCAAGAAAUGGGCAGCAGAUGCAUUGCUUUUGGCUGCAUACUAGAAAUUAUUACCUCACCUUCCUAUCAAUACCACAUGUAGAACUUUUCUCUCCCCAACUUCGGUCUGUGUGGCUGACUGUACACGAAGUAGACUGAGCAUAUUAAAGUUAAUCUAUCAUGCAUCUAUGGUUCAGAACAAUUCCCUAUCAUCAGGCUUUGCUAUUUCAUCCAAAGGCGAAGACUCAUAUAAACUGUUCUAUGCCAGAAAUGGCUCGGCGGAGAUGUUGCAGUUAAUGAGAUGUAAUGCAAGAAAACGGAGUGCUGAUGUGUCCAAGGAGGAAGUUUUGACUGAAGACUUACAAGAAGAGGACUAUUCCAACACAGACAAGGGUUUCAACAGCAAGGGUGGUAACAAAAAGGAAGUAGAAAGAAGAAGAAAGAUCGGAUUAGCAAACAGAGGGAAAGUGCCAUGGAACAAAGGCAGAAAACACAGUCCAGAGACUCGUGAAAAGAUCAAACAGAGAACCAAAGAAGCUUUGAGUGAUCCCAAGAUAAGACGAAAGAUGUCUGAAUGUCCACGCUCUCUUAGCAACCAGACCAAGACAAAAAUACGCACAUCUCUCAGAAAAAUCUGGGCUGAACGAUUAAAGUGGAAAAGGUCAAGGGAGAAAUUUUUUCAGAUAUGGGCUGAAAGCAUAGCAAAUGCUGCUAAGGUAGGUGGCAGCGACCAAGAAGAAUUAGAAUGGGACAGCUAUGAGAAGAUUAAAAAAGAGAUAGCUCUCGAACAGCUUCAGUUGGCGGCAGAAAAGGCAAAGGCAAAAGAAAUGGCACGUAUACGAGCUGAGAGAGCAGCACAGAGAAAGACAGAAAAUAUGCAGAGGCUUGCCCAGAGAAGAAAAGAACAAGUAGAAAAGCAAAAAGUUGAAGGAAAAACAAAGAGACCAAGAAGACGGUCAAAGCAAGAGAAAGAAGAGUUAGCUGUUGCUGAAGAAUUGAAACUCAAGGCGAAAUUAGUGAAGAUUCAUCAGAAGAAGAAGCCCACACUUGGUCAUGUUUGUAGAGAACAUUGUCGAGCUUGGGAAAGACUCGAUGUAGCAAUCAUAAAUAGACCUCAAGUACAAAACACAGUUUCACUUGCAGAUCAGAUUGGUUCUGCCAAGAAGAGAACAGAGAAUGUAAAUGGAAAAACUUUUAGUAUGGCAUCCUCUGGCUCUCAAUCUAUUGAAGUAUCUGCAGAGGCCUGAUUCUUCACAGUGGAAACAGAAUGACAGAACUAUUUUCUCCAAUCAUUCACUACUUGCAUUGGCAUAUGAGAAUGUCUGGACAACUUUGGCCUCGUCUUUCGGGAGCUUCAUUCUGGGGAUCUGAAGCUCAAUGUAAUGGCUAUCACUCAUCUGAUUGGAAGAACACAGAGAUGUUAAAUUCUCGGUUUUUCAGGAUUACCAUUAACUGUAGAAAAUGUAAUGGAAAAAGGAAAAGCGGAAUGAGUCAUCCAUCUUGUGAUAUUCAAGUUCUGCGAAAAAAUGGAUUGCCAAUCAUCUGUCCCCAGUCCCAAUAACACAACUUGAUAGAUUUGGUCGAGUUAAAAUUAGUUCAUUCUUGAAUGUUGCA